CAAGCAGACUCCAAUAGUUCUUUUAUGCGGUAACAGAGAAUAAGCAGAGCAGAUCAACCCCUUCAUUUAUAAAUAGAUACUUUACAGUCCCAUCACAGAAUCCACUAUUUUUCACAUUCUUCUUCUCCACUUUCCCAAGCAACUGGCCUCCACGAUUCCCAGCCACCUCAACAACCUGUAACCCCACUCCUCUUGUUCUUGCUUCUGGACCCUUCUCCUUUUCAUGUCCGUUUGCAGAACUUUCCAGUAACAGUAAAACUGCUUCAUUUUCAGUUCUUCUCCUCACUCCGUACCCGAAAAGUUCCAACUUUCUCAUUCCAAGACAAUCUUGUACUUAUUUUAUCGACGGGAAAUCGAUACUGAUUAGUGCUGGAAUGUAAAGAAGCUUUCUUUCCUCCCGCAUCUUGUUUGUACUGUUGGAAGAAACCGAUUUCAGUUUCAGUCUUGCAUUUCCAUUUCGCCUAACAUUGGAAAGAAAAAUGGGAGUUUGAUAUCCUAUUCAUGGAUCUCGAAGGAGGAAUCUAUGCGAAUUCUAUCAAGAGGGAGUCAUGGAGGACGGUGCUUACGCUGGCGUACCAGAGCCUUGGAGUGGUCUACGGCGACCUAAGUAUCUCCCCACUUUAUGUCUACAAGAGCACUUUUGCGGAAGAUAUCGAGCACUCAGAAACCAAUGAGGAGAUUUUUGGAGUUCUCUCAUUUGUUUUCUGGACGCUGACCCUCAUUCCUCUACUCAAGUACGUCUUCAUAGUCCUCCGAGCUGACGACAAUGGCGAAGGCGGAACAUUUGCGCUGUACUCUCUUCUCUGCCGCCAUGCUCGCGUUGGUUUACUGCCCAAUGGGCAAAUCGCCGACGAGGAGCUCUCUGCUUACAAGAAGACUGACGGCAUCUGCUGUGAACAUGGCUCCGGUUCUGGAGAGACCGCCGUCGGAGAUCGGGUUGCGGCGGCGGUGUGGUUGAAGAUGUUGAUGGAGAAGCACCGGGUUCUGCGACAGCUACUUUUGGUUCUGGCGCUGAUUGGGACGUGCAUGGUUAUUGGUGAUGGUGUGCUCACUCCUUCACUUUCAGUAUUCUCAGCUGUCUCAGGGCUGGAGCUUUCAAUGUCCAAGGAGCAGCACAAAUAUGUUGAAGUUCCCAUUGCAUGUCUUAUUUUGAUUUGCUUGUUUGGGGUGCAACAUUUUGGUACUCACCGUGUCGGAUUUUUGUUUGCACCAAUUGUUACAACAUGGCUCCUGUGUAUCAGUAUGAUUGGCAUCUAUAACAUUUUCUAUUGGAAUCCACAAAUAUAUCAUGCACUAUCUCCCUACUACAUGUACAAAUUCUUGAAGAAGACACGAAGGCAAGGAUGGAUGUCCUUAGGAGGAAUUCUUUUAUGCAUCACAGGCUCUGAGGCAAUGUUUGCAGAUUUGGGUCAUUUUUCUCAGUUAUCUAUACAGAUUGCUUUUACAUCUAUGGUGUAUCCAGCAUUGAUCCUGGCAUAUAUGGGGCAAGCUGCUUAUCUCUCACAACACCAUAUUAUUGAAAGUGAUUAUCGAAUCGGAUUCUAUGUGUCUGUCCCAGAGAAAUUGAGGUGGCCUGUUCUGGCUAUAGCUAUACUUGCAGCUGUGGUGGGAAGCCAAGCUGUUAUUAGUGCUACCUUUUCGAUAAUUAAACAAUGUUCCGCUUUGGGAUGUUUUCCAAGGGUGAAGAUAGUGCACACAUCAUCCAGAUUUUGUGGCCAAAUAUACAUACCAGAUAUCAACUGGAUCCUAAUGUUGUUGUGUUUGGCCGUCACAACUGGUUUCAGAGAUACAAAGCGAUUGGGAAAUGCCUCAGGGCUGGCAAUCAUAACCGUCAUGCUGGUUACCACCUGCCUGAUGUUCCUAGUAAUCAUUCUUUGCUGGUGCUGUAGCAUUUUCAUGUCCAUAUGCUUCAUCAUUUUCUUUGGCACAAUUGAGGCUCUCUACUUCUCCGCCGCCCUCAUCAAGUUUCGGGAGGGAGCUUGGGUUCCUAUAGCCUUCUCCUUCAUCUUCAUGAUCAUUAUGUACGUGUGGCAUUACGGCACUCUUGAGAAAUACGAGUUCGAUUUUCAGAACAAGGUUUCAAUCAACUGGCUCCUAAACCUUGGCCCAAACCUAGGAAUUGUUCGUGUUCCUGGGAUUGGACUCGUUCACUCUGAGCUUGUUUCUGGCAUCCCAGCCAUCUUCUCCCACUUUGUUACCAAUCUCCCAGCAUUUCACCAGGUCCUUGUGUUCCUCUGCAUCAAGUCGGUGCCCGUUCCCCAUGUCCGUCAGCAGGAGCGAUUUCUAGUCGGACGGGUUGGCCCGAGGGAGUGCCGAAUCUACCGCUGCAUCGUCCGCUACGGAUAUCACGAUAUUCCGAAAGAUGAUAUCGAGUUUGAGGAGGACCUGGUUUGCAGAAUUGCCGCCUUCAUCAAGUCAGAUAAUUCUGCUGAACCCUACAGGCCUUCGGAAGAAAAUUAUGAGAAGAUGGCAAUGGUGGAUUCCGGAAUCUGUCUCUGCGAGAAGGCGGAGGAGGAGAACGGAGAACGUGUGGAGUCCGUUGACUUACCGGGUCCUUCUAAAGCGCGAGAAAUCCGGUCGCCGGGUAUUCUGAUGAAUAAGAAGAAGGUGAGCUUUGUGUUGCCGAAGAGCCCUAAGUUGGACUCAUCGGCGAGGGAGGAGCUGCGAGAAUUGAUGGAAGCGAGGGAGGCUGGGAUGGCUUUCAUUACAGGGAACUCGUAUAUGAAGGCGAAGAGUGGAUCGAGCUUGGUGAAGAAGUUGGCCAUUGCUUUAUAUGAUUUUCUGAGAAGAAAUUCACGGGGGCCGUGUUAUGCAAUGAGCAUGCCUCAUGCUACCAACCUUGAGGUUGGAAUGGUCUAUCUUGUAUGAGCUCUUUGGUGUUUCUAAUUUAUUAACUUUUUUUUUUAA